UGUCACUUAGUAGUCCCAUUUUGUGCGUUCCGAGAACUGUCUCGUUGUUGUUGAUUAAUUAUUGAACACAUUAUUUCUGUUCCUAUUGUUAAAUACGGAGAGAUUUCUCCCUAAAAACAGCCCACAAAAAUAUAAAAUAUCAACAAAACGCGUUUCCCUUGACAAGGACCAGGAUUUGAGACCUAACCGAGACAAAAUCGCUGGCUCGCUUACGAUAUGAAUCGACAACAGAACGGAAAUCAUUUGCAUGGCAUGAAUGAGGGUCAAUUGGAGCUGGUGCCAAUGGAGUUGAUGGACACAGAUCUGGAUGGCAGCUAUCAGGGAGAUGAAUUGGAUAACAGCAUUAAUAGUAAUCCCGCACAGAAGUUAUCCGCCAAAUCCCUAUCACCCAUUGUCAGUGAUCAUGCCCUCAAUGUGCUGAACGAGUUACGGGAAGCGAAUCUACUGUGCGAUGCACAAAUCUCGGUCGGGGAGCAAUCCUUCAAUGUGCACCGUGCCAUUAUGUGUUCCUGCAGCUCCUACUUUCGCGCACAGUUUACGGGGUUCAAUAGCCGAUCGGGAGCGGGCAGUGAUGAGAGUCGGAUAGUGCAUAUACCGGGUAUCAGUGCGUCCAUCAUGAACUCAGUCAUCCAGUAUGCAUACCUGCGCAAAACCAACAUCAGCGACGACAACGUGCACGAGCUGCUCAUCUGUGCGGAUUACGUAGGCAUGGUUGGAUUGGUCAAGCAAUGCAAGGAUUACCUCAGUCGCACCCUUAGCCCAGAGAACUGUGUCAGCAUCAUGGGUUUUGCGCGCUUUCGCUUUCUCGAGGACUUGUAUCUGAAGGCGCGCAAUUAUACGCUGAGAUACUUUACGGAUGUGGCUGCCCGCAAUACGGACAUACUGGACAUGAAUGUGAAGGACUUUUACAGCAUCAUUAGCGACGAUGAGCUGAACACACGUGAAGAGGAUUAUGUGUGGAAGUUGUGCGUCAAAUGGAUUGACCGAGAUCCAGAAAAUCGCAAACAGCAUGUGGCGCAUCUGAUGACGGGCGUGCGCCUUGGUCUGAUGACUCCCAAGUGCUUCAUGGAGGAGGUCAAGGAGCAUCCCUAUGUCAUUCAAUGCGAGGCAGCGAAGCCCCUGAUAGUCGACACCUUUAAAUUCAUGUACGACCUGGACUUUCUCAACCCGCAAGCCGAAGAGCUGACCACACCACCGCUGGCGAUGCCACGGCUACCGCAUGAGGUCAUCUUUGCCAUUGGCGGCUGGAGUGGCGGCACCUCCAAGGGCUGCAUCGAGACCUACGACACCCGUGCCGAUCGCUGGGUCAACAUCAAUGCGGAGGAUCCGGCGGGACCUCGUGCCUAUCAUGGUACUGCGGUGCUGGGCUUUAAGAUCUUUUCGAUUGGCGGCUACGAUGGUGUCGAGUACUUCAACACCUGUCGCGUCUUCGAUGCGGUCAAAAAGCGUUGGAACGAGAUUGCUCCCAUGCACUGUCGUCGCUGCUAUGUCAGCGUCGCGGAGCUUAAUGGCAUGAUCUAUGCCAUCGGUGGAUACGACGGACACAAUCGCCUCAAUACCGUCGAGCGCUACAAUCCCAAGACGAAUCAAUGGUCCAUCAUACCGCCCAUGAACAUGCAGCGAUCGGAUGCCAGCGCCUGUACGCUCCAUGGUCGCAUCUAUGCGACGGGGGGAUUCAAUGGUCAGGAGUGCUUGGAUAGCGCCGAGUUCUAUGAUCCCAUGACGAAUGUCUGGACACGCAUACCGAAUAUGAAUCAUCGUCGCUCCGGGGUGAGUUGUGUAGCCUUCCGGGAUCAGUUGUAUGUGAUUGGGGGCUUCAAUGGCACCUCGCGCCUGUCGACGGGCGAACGCUUCGAUCCGGAGACACAAUCGUGGCAUUUCAUACGUCAAAUGAAUCAUUCGCGCAGCAAUUUUGGACUCGAGAUCAUCGAUGACAUGAUCUUUGCCAUUGGCGGCUUUAAUGGCGUCUCCACCAUCUCCCACACCGAAUGCUAUGUGGCCGAAACGGAUGAAUGGAUGGAGGCCACCGACAUGAAUAUUGUGCGCUCCGCGUUGUCGGCCAACAAUGUGGCCGGGUUGCCCAACAAACGGGACUACAUACACAAGGAGCGAGAUCGCUUAAUGGAGGAACGACGCCAGCGUUUGAUGGCCACGGCAAUGGCACGCGAGGAUGUGGGCAGCACGAAUCGAUCUCAUUCGCUGAUCGCCGAUCACAAUGAUGAUCUGGACGGGGAUGAGAGUGCCAACGAGGAGGAUGUGGCCGAUGUGGAUGGCGAGGAGCUGCAGUUACAGCAGCAGGUGGCAGCUUUACCACUGCCACUGCCACUUCCACUACCAUUAGCAGCAGCAGCUUCAGCAGGCCCAGCAGCAGGAGUAGCCGCCAUUCCCUCUGCUGCAAUUGCAGCGGCUGCUGCAGCCGCCGCAGCAGCAGCGGCAGCUGUUGAUGCCUCCUCGGCAGCAGCUGCCGCCGCCUUGCCAGCCCCCCAUAUCAAUCGCCAGCUGGAGGAUCGUGCUCUCGACAACAACAAUAACAACAAUAAUAAUCGGCGCUUUCGGGUGCAGCUGCGUAAUCAGCGUUAUGGUUCGCAUCAUGAAAUCCGUCGUCGCUCCUAAACGACGACGACGACGUCGCCUCAUUAUUUCCAAUUCUGAUCGCAUCCAAUGAUCAAUUCCCUGCCCCAAUUCCCUGGCAACAUCUCUACUCACAAUAGAGGAAGCGUAAGCGUGGGCAAAAGGUAUUCUGGUGCAGCAAUCAAUCCUCAUGGCCCACGUCCAAUAGAAACCGUUUUUUUUUAUUUCCCCCUUUCGAUAACGCACUCAACAAAUUCCUGGCAACUGCUAAAUUAUUGCAUAUUUUUGGGCAUUUUGUUCUUUUUGAUAAUUUCUUAUAGCCAAAUUUCCAUCAACAAAAUUUCCAUAGUAUAAACUAAAUUAAUUUGCAUUAUACACAUUUCAAUAAAAACCUAA